UCCUGCUCAGUCUGCUUAUCUCCUCUGCUUCACGAUGUGGUUGUGUGAUCCUUUUCUGCUGUUUGAUUUGAAAGGACUGCUCCUUAUUAUUUUUGGGGUUCUCCUUAUGAUGUAUUUGCUGAGCAAAAAGGAUCCACCCAACUUUCCUAGAGGACCUCCAUCUCUACCUCUUCUGGGAAACGUUUUCAGCAUUGAAUCUAAACAGCCUCACAUCUACCUUACCAAGCUCGCUGAUGUUUAUGGAAAUGUUUUCUGCAUACGUCUUGGUAGACACAAAACAGUGUUUGUGUCAGGCUGGAAAAUGGUGAAAGAAGCCAUAGUAACACAGGCUGAGAACUUUGUGGAGCGACCUUACAGCCCGAUGGUGACCAGAAUUUAUUCAGGGAACUCGGCGGGUCUUUUCUUCAGUAAUGGGAGUGUGUGGAGGAGACAGCGACGUUUUGCAAUGGCUAUAUUACGUACCUAUGGUCAUGCCAAGAGCUCAAUGGAGCAGAGAAUCUGCGAGGAGAGUUGUUAUCUGCAGGAGGCGAUGGAGAAGGAGAAAGGUGUGCCUUUUGAUCCUGUGCAUCUAUUAAAUUACGCGGUGGCCAACAUCAUCUGCCAGAUUGUGUUUGGGAGACGCUUUGACUACACUGACAGAAACUUCCAGAACAUGCUGAAGAAUCUGACGGAGAUGGCCUAUCUAGAGGGCUCCAUCUGGGCUCUACUUUAUGAUGCAUUCCCAGUGCUGAUGAAACACCUGCCAGGGCCACACAAUGACAUCUUCAGCAACUACAAAUGUUUGGAGGCAGCUAUCCGAGUCGAGGUUGAGAGACACAAGUUGGAUCUGGACCCCAGCAACCCACAAGACUACAUAGAUUCCUUUCUGAUAGAGAAACACAACAGAAAUGGCGAGCUGGGUUUUGAUGAUGGUAACCUGGUUUUAUGUUGUCUGGAUCUGUUUCUGGCUGGAAGUGAAACCACUUCAAAAACGUUGCAGUGGGGCCUCGUCUACUUGAUCAACAACCAUCAUAUUCAGGUCAAAGUCCAGGCAGAAAUAGAUGCCGUGAUCGGAGCGACUCGCCAGCCCACCAUGGCCGACAAACACAACAUGCCCUACACGGACGCUGUGAUCCACGAGAUCCAGAGGAUGGGAAAUAUAGUUCCUUUAAAUGGACUCAGAAAGGCCACCAAAGAUACAAUGCUGGGAGGUUUCUUGAUACCAAAGGGAACCUCCGUGAUGCCCAACCUGACCUCUGUGUUAUUUGAUAAGAAUGAAUGGGAAACUCCUGACACCUUUAACCCUCAACACUUCCUGGAUGCUGAUGGAAAGUUUGUGAGGAGGGAAGCAUUUUUACCUUUCUCUGCAGGAAAGCGUGCAUGUCUGGGCGAAGGUCUGGCAAAAACGGAGCUGUUCCUGUUUUUUGUCAGUUUGUUUCAGAAGUUUGAUUUUUCGACCUUGGAUGGAGUUGAGCUGAAAACGGAAGGAAUCACUGGAGCUACACGCACGCCUUUUCCCUUUAAGAUCUACGCAAAAGUCCGCUGAACCCUGAAACCAGUAAACUUCAGACUGAGUACUGCAGAUUAUUAUAAACAUUUUACACAAUCUCCUUACAUGUUGACACGUUGUGUACAAUGUAAAUAGUGAUGAAUUUCAAAAUAUUUAAAGCCAAGAUGUAAUUGAAAUAGUACUAAGACAAAAUAUAUAUAAUAUUGUCGAAACUUAGAAAUGAAUUGUUUUUGGAAAAUUAUAAUCAUAUUUUGAAUGUUAUGGUAGCAACACAUUGGGUUAGGGGCAACAAAAGACUAAAGAUAAUUUAAAGCACACCUGAUGAAACAUCUCACAGGUAAUGAGAGGUCACAUACUUUAUAUUGAGUAAAAAGAGGCAAGAAUCUCAUUGUGUGCAGAUGACAUUGUUCUAUACCUGACCAACCCAGAAAGGUCAGUUGCUGUUAGCUUUAGAUCUCAUUACCAACUUUGGAGCACUAUCAGGCUAUAAAAAACUUCACCAAAUCUUAUGCCUCUCUUACUAAAUUCCCCAAUCUCUACUAAACUUAAACCCUCACCUGGGUGCGAGUGGUUUUUAAUAUCUGGGUGUGAAAGUCUCUUUUAAACUGAAGGACUUAUUUUAUAUAAACUACAUCCCACUACUCUGGG